ACACACACAGAACCAGGAAGUUAAUUUCAACAAAAAACGAAACUCAUAGUGCUGCUCUGAGUUCAGGAAAAUGGCUGAGGCGAGUAUUUCAGUAGAUCAGGAUCAGUUCAUCUGUUCAGUGUGUCUGGAUCUCCUGAAGGAUCCGGUGGCUCUCUCCUGUGGUCACAGUUUCUGUAAGGUGUGUAUUAAUGGCUGCUGGGAUCAGGAGGAUCAGAAGGACGUCUACAGCUGUCCUCAGUGCAGAGACACUUUCACACCAAGGCCUGUUCUACGCAGAAACAACAUUCUGGCUGAAGUGGUGGAGAAACUGAAGAAGACUGAAGUUCAAGCUGCUUCUCCUGAUCACUGUUACACUGGACCUGGAGAUGUGGAGUGUGAUUUCUGCACCGGGAGAAAACACAAAGCCGUCAAGUCCUGUCUGGUGUGUGUGGCUUCGUUUUGUGAAACUCAUCUCAAACCUCACUAUCAAGUUCCUUCAUGGAAAAAGCACAAGUUAGUCGAAGCUUCUGGAAAUCUACAAGAGAAGAUCUGCUCUGAACAUGAUGAAGUGUUGAAGAUCUUCUGUCGUUCUGACCAAAGCUUCAUCUGUUAUCUGUGUAUGACGGAUGAACAUAAAAGCCACGACACCGUCUCAGUUAAAGCUUACAGAACUGAGAAAGAGAAUGAGCUACAGGAGGAGCAGCUGAAAUUCCAGCAGAGACUCCAGGAGAAGCAGAAGAAGGUGCAGGAGCUGAAACAGGCUGUGAACACUAUAAAGCUCAGUACACAGACAGCAGUGGAGGACAAUGAGAGGAUCUUUACUGAGCUGAUCAGCUUCAUGGAGAAAAAGCGCUCGGAGGUGACGGAGAUGAUCAGAGCUCAGGAGAAGGCUGAAAUGAGUCGAGCUGAACGACUCCUGGAGCAACUGGAGCAGGAGAUUGAUGAUCUUCAGAGGAGAGUCACUGAGAUGGAGAAGCUUUCACAUACACACGAUGACAUCCAUUUCCUCCAGAGUUUCCAGUCUCUUCGUGUCUCUUCUGGACGUGACGACACAUCCAGCAUCACUGUCAGUCAACAUCUCUCAUUUGAUGGAGUGAAGAAAUCUCUCUCUGACCUGAAAAAGAGACUCGUGGAAAUCUUCCAGGAGGAAUUCAUCAACAUCCCUGGAUGUGCUGCAGAACUUCAGAUCAUUUUACCCUCAGAACCAAAGAGUAGAGAUGAUUUUCUGCACUAUUUCUGUUCUCUGACUCUGGAUCCCAACACGACACAUCGUAACCUCAUUCUGUCUGAGAAGAACAGAGCAGUGACACGCAGUAAGAGAGAGCAGCAGUACUCUGAUCAUCCAGAGAGAUUUGACUCCUGGGGGCAGGUGUUGUGUAAGGAGAGUGUGUGUGGACGCUGUUACUGGGAGGUGGAGUGGAGCGGUGAUGGUGUGUACAUAUCAGUCUCAUAUAAAGAUAUCAGGAGGAAAGGACGGGGUAAUGAGUGUGUGUUUGGAUGCAACAAACAGUCCUGGAGUCUGGAAUGUUCUUAUUUUUUUUCUCCCUCUUUCCAUCACAACAACAUUAAGACUGAUCUCAGAGUUGCAUCAUCCUCCAGAAUAGGAGUGUAUGUGGAUCACAGUGCAGGAACUCUGUCCUUCUACAGCGUCUCUGACACCAUGAAGCUCCUCCACAGAGUCCACACCACAUUCACUCAGCCUCUAUACGCUGGGUUCUGGCUGCGCUGUUAUGGAACAUCUGUAAAAUUAUGUGAUCCAAAAGAAAAGUGAUGGCUUUAGAAGCUGCAGUUUAAUCAAGUAACAUAUUGAAAAGAUUGAAACCAGAUAAGCGACCAGUAGUCGGUAAUUUGCUACUUUAUUCAACGCUCUUUAAAUACUGUUGAAUCAGACUAAAUUAUAUCAUUCGUACAUGAUACAGCUGUUGUGUGCCAACUUCACCAAGCGUUUACAGGGAGGAGAGUUUACUUCAUCAACAGAAGCUGGUGUCAUGCUGAAGCAGACUUAAGUAAAGUUGGUCACAUAUUCACAGAUUGGAGUUUCCCGAGUCAAUAACUCCUGAGCUAAACGCUCUUAUUACACAAAUAACACCUCUUUUUUAUAGUAGUAAUGUAGAGAGGCAGCUACAACCCAAUUUUCCUCAAACUCAGCUUUCCUCCGCGGUGGACAAAAUACACAAGUCUCUAUGUGCAGACGACUGAGAGACAGAUUCCAAGGGACCGUCUGCAAAGUGCAAAACCCGAAAAGCGAAAACUAAAAAACAGUCAAUAACUUCACUGUAAUACACUGUACUGUCACCAGCUCACACAUCACUGUAAUACACUGUACUGUCACCAGCUCACACAUCACUGUAAUACACUGUACUGUCACCAGCUCACACACAUCACUGUAAUACACUGUACUGUCACCAGCUCACACAUCACUGUAAUACACUGUACUGUCACCAGCUCACACACAUCACUGUAAUACACUGUACUGUCACCAGCUCACACAUCACUGUAAUACACUGUACUGUCACCAGCUCACACAUCACUGUAAUACACUGUACUGUCACCAGCUCACACAUCACUGUAAUACACUGUACUGUCAC